CUCGGAGUCUUUCUCCCCCAACAAGUUUGACAGCUCGUUUUUGGUCCUUAUUAAAACAUUUUCUCAUAGACAUACGGACUCUGUGUUCGUUAUUUAAAAAAAAAAAUCUUUAUUACCGUUUAACAUUUUUUUUUCUUUUUUUGUGUGUGAGCGUCUCGCGCUUUGCUAUGAGGACUUUCAGGACUUCGUAGUUUUGGACACUUCUCCGCUGCUUUGGGACCGUGGGCGUUUUUUGUUAGUAUUUAUUUUUUUUUCUCUCUCUCAUUAUCCUUUGUUGGACGGGAUCUAAAAAUGUCGAGGAGCGUGGAGGAGGUGAACAAGCUCACUGAAAGCACGUACAAGGUGGGUACAGAGUGUGAUGGAACACUUCAACCCAGGACUGAGGAACCUUGUCAACCUGGGCAAGAACUAUGAGAAAUCAGUGGCUGCAAUGACCCUGGCAGGAAAGUUGUAUUUUGAUGCAGUGUCUAAGAUUGGUGAGAAUGCUGCAGUGUCUCCUGUCUCCAGAGAAUUAGGUGCUGUCUUGAUGGAAAUCUCAGAAGUCCACAGGAAGGUCCAUCUUGAGCUGGAGGAAAAUUUUAAAAGGUUCCACAGGGACAUCGUAUCUGAGCUGGAGAGAAAGACGGACAUGGAUGUCAAAUACAUGACGGCCACAUUUAAAAGGUACCAGAUGGAGCACAAAAUGAAGCAGGACUCUUUUGAGAGGUCUCGGUCAGACCUCAAAAAAUUGAGGAGAAAAAGCCAAGGCAAGAACGCGAACAAGUACGAGAACAAGGAGACUGAGUGUCUGGAAACAUUAAUCAGCCGUCAGACGGACAUGCAGAAGUUUAUUGCAGAAGGAUGUAAAGAGGCUCUACUAGAGGAAAAGAGACGUUUUUGUUUCCUUGUGGACAAACACUGCAUGUUCUCCUACCAGUUUGCUUCCUUCCAUGAUAAGGCCAGAGGCAUACUGAUGGCAAACCUGUCCAGCUGGCAGGACCAUUGCAACGAUGCCACCGACAUGCCAGAGAGUGUUUUAUCCAUGAUUGAGGGGCUGCGUGUGCCAAUCUCCAUCACACCACUGCCAUCUCCUACCCCUUCACGGCACAGCGUGAACGUCUCUGCUCCCCCAGCCCCAUCUCAGAAGGCACAGACCAGCCGUCUGGAUAGCAUGUUCACUCAGGAGAAUGACACGACUGCUGUAACCACCACAACCAACAGCAGCACUGACAGAAAUUCAGAUCACGUGAGCACUGAGGAAACCAACAUCCCCAGAUCAGUGUCUGUUGCCACAGGCCUCAACAAUAUGGUGAAGAGGCCACGUGUGCGCACCAUUUUCCCCCACGCUGCCGGCAACAACAACACACUGCUCAGCUUUGACGAAGAAGAUGUCAUCAUCCUUCUCAUCCCUGAUGAGAGAGACGGGUGGCUGUACGGCGAAAUGGAGAAGAAUGGAAAGAGGGGCUGGUUCCCUUCCUCGUAUUGCCGUGCCAACACUGAGCCACUAGCAAAUAACAGCAGCAGUGUGUCUGCUGCACCAUACCGCAGUAGGAGCGUGGUCAACCUGCACCACCAGGACACAGAAACAGAUGAGGCCACCAUGGUGCUUCCACCGGCAGACUACUCGGACUCUCCACAGAAAAACUCCAUCCAAAACUCCACUUCUUCCACCAGUACUACUACUACCACCACCACCAUUACAAACAACAGCCACCAGCACUCCCCCACGCCCUCUGUCGGCUCCUCCUUGUCUGAUAGCAGCACGGCAAUCCAGUCAAACGGCAUCUCAAGGCCUCCACCUGCGUAUCUCGCAGGCGGGAACCCGUUUGCCACAGUCAGACUGCGUCCAACUGUCACCAACGACCGCUCAGCACCAGUCAUCUGACCUGCAGACAUGGACGGUGAAAAGCCCUCGCCCACCGAACACACAGCUGGACUCCAGCCUCUGGAGCCUCUCCAGCCUUCCAUCCAGACAGAGGAAUCCUGUGCUGGCACUGAGGGGAAAUAAAUGCCAUUUAAACCAGAUAUCCCCUUACUGCUGCAAACACAAUCACAUACACACACACAUACACACACAAAUCAAGACUGAUUUACAGACGCUCAUAUAUUUAAGAGAUUUAUAUAUUUUCUAAUUUUGUUGUGUUUGUAGUGGUGACGUCAAAAUAACUGGUAGUCAUGUGCACAUUUAUAAAAAACAAAUAUUUAAGCCAUCAGGGGGACAGGUAUCUGAUUUAAUGCUCCAGAACCUUUUCUUCAGGUGAGAUGAAUCUGGGUGUAAAUGUUGGAGAUGAGACUUCGAGAUCUCGGUGUGCACACGUAAUCCUUUUAUUGUAAUGGUCUCCUUGUCACCUACAUCCGAAUAAAAAUGGUACAAGAAAAUAUUUAAUUUGUGCUGUUGCUUGUUCAUUGUCAGACUGUUAGAAAUCUUUUGUGUUGCCAUAGAACAGUAGAAGAAUGUACUGUAGUGUAUUCAUGACUCUGAUGCACCCAAAUCAACACUGAAGUGACCUGGAUUCCGAAACCCUCCUGUACAUAUUUUGCGACACUUUUUAAAUAUUGUUUUGCGAUCUAACAUCACUGUUUUGUUUAGUUGGAUAGAUGUGGAUUCUGGACUUUUUGCCGUAAAUGUUUUUAGUGGUUCAGAGAUGAUGCUGUUAUUUUUUGCUUUAAGAAUUGUACACUGAAUUUUAAGUCUGUGAUGGUCUACAUUUGACUUAGUCCACAGUUUGCCUUCAGAAAAGUUUGGUGUAUGAAAAAUAAAUCUAUUUCUUCA